ACAUCAUCACUCAUCAACCAAUGGGGGGGGCCCUCCUUUCGACUACCUUCCUAUUCCAUAGAAGUUCUCAGGCAGCUUCAAUGGAAGGAGGGAGCCAAGAAGGCCCUCUGUAAAUCUCAAGAUGAUCAUUACAACAUGGAUUGUGUACAUCUUUACCCGGAAAAGUGUAGGGCUACCCUUCCCACCAAAGGCAAACUCGGACAUUGAAGUUGUGGAAAGUGAAGCUGUAUCCAUAGUGCAGCAUUGGUUGAACAAAACAGAAGAGGAGGCUUCUCAGAACAUAAAGGAGAAGAUGUCUUCCAACAUCCCUCCCACUCACGGACACGACAUACAUGUGACCAGAGAUUUGGUGAAGCACCAACUCUCCAAGUCUGAUAUGUUAGCAGACCCUAAUCAGGAAGUCCUGGAGGAGAGAACGAGGAUCCAGUUUAUAAGAUGGAGCCACACCCGUAUCUUCCAAGUGCCAAGCGAAAUGAUAGAAGAUGUCAUGCAGGAUCGCAUAGAUCAAGUGAGACAAAGCAUAUCUCACCUCAGGUGUGACUCAUAUGAUGACCCAAGCUUCAAAGUGUCUUGCUCAGAAUGCUAAGGUUGAAGGCUGCCCAAGUCCAUUAACAGCCCGUGUUCAAAGAUGUCCACCUCAUGUUUGACCUGAAGAGUGACUAGACUUGAGCAGAAAGACUAUAGAGGUUGAGCCUUGGUUACCACCACGAUGACACUGGAAUCUUCUU